UCUACGCGUGAUCCUUGUUACGUCAAUCAGGCAGCUCAAAUUUUAUCAAUUUUUGAAGAUUUGAAUGGAAUUAUGGAAACCGUCAGAUUGAAACAUUCUAAACCACAAAAUUAUUCCAGCAAUAAAAUACUAGUAGGCAACUGGUUUGAACAGCAAUGUGAAUAUAAAAAAAAUAAUUUCAGGCAUAAUACCGAAUAUAAAGAUCUAUAUAAACCCAAACCUUACACCACUUACCCACCUGCAGUUCUUUGGGAUGCAAGAAUAAAGGCUAAAGGUGAUGGAUUCUACCCUGAAAAAUCGACAGAGGCAACUCCCAACUUCUAUGACAAUUUCUCAACGACCUAUGACCUUUCCUAUAAACAUUUUCCUCAUUUUUAUAAAGACUCAAUAAUUCCCAGAGAAAUGAAAUUGAAACUUCAUACAUAUCAUCCUACUGAAGAAUAUCUCAAAAGCUAUGGCAACAUUACGAAUUUUGGUCUAUUUGAUGCCAAAAAGAAUGAAUGGACAUGUGAUGUUCAAGACACAAGGGUUACAGAGUAUGAAGCAGACUAUAUUCCCCUUGAAAAACACUCAUACAAAUUCAGCAGAUGGACAAGACCUACAGCAGUCAAGUCAAAAUAUGGCAAGGAGCAUAGACCCUACCCUCCUGAUCAUCCAAGAUUUUCAAAAUUCGACCCUAUAACAUGGGAAUGUAAAAACCACUUAUUCUGA